AGUUGUUUUCAAAGAAAAAUAAGUAGAAGAAAAGAAAGGAAGAGGGAAAGAAAGGGAGACACAAGAUGAAACCCUGUCAAAAAACUGAAGAAAAACCAGAAAAUGAGACUGAACCAAAACUUGAAGAAGUACCAAAGCCUGAGGAAAAGCAAGAGGAGGAGGAAAAAACGGAAGGAACUUUUAGAGAAAGACUGAUUCAGUCUCUCCAGGAAUUUAAAGAAGAUAUACACAACAGGCAUUUAAGCAAGGAAGAUAUGUUUAGAAAUGUGAAUGAAAUUGAUGCGAUAAGGAGAGUCAGAAACAAACUUAUAGUGAUGCGUUGGAAGGUUAAUCGAAAUCAUCCUUACCCCUAUUUAAUGUAGUUUACCUCGAUUUCUGUUUUUUCUGAUGUUGACAUUACUUUCUUUUUUGUUGUCCUGUAUAUCUCUGUCCAUCUUUCUGCUUUUAACUUGUUGCUAUUUGUGGUUUUAGAUGCAUCUCAUUGUUUAUUUCAAACCAAUCUACAAGUCUUUGCCUUUUAAUAGGAGAGCUUUAUUCAUUUGUACAAAAAGAGAUUCCUAACAGGAUAUAAAAUGUAAAAAUGUUACUAAGUAAUAUGUGAAUAUCAUAUUUUUGAAAGGGAAGGGUACAUUUGUAUAUUCCAUAUAUACACAGAAGAAUAUGUGAAGGAUGAAAAACAAAAAAUAUAGUCAGUGGAAGGAUUAUGAGUGAUUUUUUUUAUUCAGCUUAUUUGUAUUUUUCCUUAUUCCUAGAAUGUACACACUUUAUUGUUAAAAAUAAUAAAAGUUGUAUAA